AGUAUUCAAAUAGGUUUGCAAUUGCCAUUUGCUAAUGGUUAAAUUAAAAUUAAAGCAAGCAAUCAUAGUUGGUUUGUGAUUUGAUUAUUAGUGUCAGGCAAACAAACAACCGUAGGGCAGAAAAGGAAAUAAUAAAACUAGACGGAUUUUACAUAUCCAGUUUAGAGUCAAGCAAGCAAGAAAUGGAGGGAGUGGGGGCGAGACUGGGGCGGUCUUCCACCCGUUAUGGACCGGCGACGGUGUUCAGUGGACCUGUGAGGAAGUGGAAGAAGAGAUGGGUCCACGUUUCUCCAUCAUCUAACCACAACCACAGCCACAACCACAACCACAACAAUUCUUCCUCUAACGGUAAUAACGGUUCUCAUCUCCUCCUUUACAAAUGGACCCCUUCUUCUCAAUCUCAAUCUCAAUCUCAAUCCAAUAACAACAGCAACAGCAAUCACAAGAACGACGAUCCCCCCCUCCUUCCUGACGAGCCUCCUCGCCGUAAAUUCAAGUACAUUCCGGUUUAUUUGCUAGAGAAACAGAAAAAUGAAGUUGCAGAGAAGGCUGAAGAUGAAGCGAAACAGAGUGAUGCUGAAGUCGCAGCGGAACCAAUUUCAAAGGAUGAUGGUUUUGAUGAAAAACCUGACAUUAAUGACAUACCUAUGGAAGAAACUCAGUCUCAGGGUGAUAAUCAAGUGGUGCGACAAGAUCUGAACGAAAGCACUUUGGAUUUGAGUCUAGGCUUAAUGUCCCACGAUGAUGACUCUGAUUUAAAACCAGAUCAGCCAAGAGAUGGGCAGUUAGAAAGAGUGAACUCCAAGUAGUGUUGGGAGAUGAUUAAAGGUGUACCGUAAUAUUAUUUGACAUAUAGAAUAGAAGAAGAAAAAAAGUCUAUUUGUUUAUUGCUGAUUCGGAGACAAUUUUCCCAAUUACUUGGCAACCUGGCAUUUUGGAGAAAGCGGGUUUGAGUGGUAGAUGCAUGUACCCUAGUUGUCUUUCAUUUGAUGCUCCCUGGUUGAGCUGAUCGUAACUUGUACUGAAUUACAAAAUAACGAUUUUUCUUCCCAUUCUUGAACA